AUGUACCAGCCAACUCUUUGCCGGUUGGGGCCGCUGGCUGUCCAGACUGUCCUCCCCCGUGCCAGCUCCCGGCUUUUUCAAGCAUCUUACCUGCCGGGCAGGUCAUCAUUGUUCUCUCAUCUCCAAGUGUUCAGUCGGUAUCCAAGUCCUACGGUGACACCCAUCGCAGUCACCGCUCAACAGCACGCAAGAUGCAUUAAUACCCGCCGUCUCCUGACUCGGGAUACUGUGCCGCCUCCAUUAACUCCGAUCGCUACGCCCAAGAAGCCGAGGCGCAUCUUCCGGAAGCUCUUGUACCUCCUUGGAGGCCUUGGCCUGGCAGGAUAUGCCGCCGAUCGCUUCUAUCUGGGGAGCGUGGGCAUGCGCAGCGUCAGAGCUUACGGCACCAUGGCUCUCGUCGGCCUCGACUACAAGCUGCACCUGGGGAACAAGCCCUACAUUGCUGGCGUACCCGUCGAUGUUCUGCAUGAACGUAACGCCCGCCGCGUCUGCGACAUGCUGAAGAGUAACGGUGGUCUCUACCUCAAGGCCGGCCAGGCUAUGGCCAUACAGGGCAGCGUCUUGCCGGAGCGCUACCAGCGGGGCCUUGCCGAACUAUUUGACGACGCCACACCCGCCCCAUGGUCCGACGUCGAGGCUGUUAUCUGGGAGGACUUUGGACAGACCAUUGGCCAGCUAUUCGGCCCUGCCGUCGAGCGCGAACCUCGCGCGGCCGCUUCCAUCGCCCAGGUUCACUAUGCCCGUCUGUCGGAUGGCCGUGAGAUUGCCAUCAAGGUCCAACGGAGGCAGAUCGGUGCACAGGUGUCCUCCGAUUUAUCGACGCUCAAGCGCUUGAUCGAAUUCGCCGCAGAGGAAACCGCGAUCCCCAUGGCAUCACUCGGGGGGUUCCUCAUGAACCAUGUCACGCAAGAGACCGAUUUCGAGCAUGAACGGUCCAACUCGGAGCGUCUUGCCGAGUUUGUGCGAGAAGACCCACGACUAUGCGACCGUGUUCAUGUCCCUACAGUCUACAGCGAUCUGAGUUCAAGACGUGUUUUGACGACUGAAUGGAUAGACGGUCUCACGCUUCGGGACAAGGAGGGCAUCACAAUGGCAAGUACACCGUCGGGCCGCGGGCUGGGGCUCAACCUAGGAGACGUCAUGGAGACAGUCAUUGAGCUCUUCUCGGCCCAAAUGUUUCGCUACGGAUUUGUACACUGUGACCCGCACCCGGGAAACAUCUUUGUGCGACGUCUACCAUCAGGCAAACCUGAGAUCGUUCUCCUCGACCAUGGUCUCUACGUAACCCUCUCCGAGAGUCUGCGGCAGCAGUACGCCCAAUUCUGGAAGGGCAUCCUCACGCAGGACACCGAGGCCUUGAGAAAAGUGUCCAACGCCUGGGGCAUGGAGGAUCCGAAACCAUGGGCCGAUGCGUUCACGAUGAGCUCCAAGAAGCCCGAAAAGGCGCGAAGUGAAGAGACGCCGGAGGAGCGCGACGAGCGCAUAAUUGCUGAAACGGCCGGCUACUUUGGAACAGACGGCCUGUGGCCUCCAGAGCUGGUCUUUUUAGAGCGCAACCUCGGCCUGGUGCAGGGUAGCAACCGUUUCCUCGGCUCGCCGGUCAAUCGUGUCAAGCUCAUUGGCGUCGCGGCCAUGCGCUCGGUGGAGGCCAGCGGUCAGGAAACCAUGUGGAGGACGGUGCGGUCUAGAUGGUCACUAUUCAUGUUGGACUUGGUUUUCUGCCUCAGUAGUGUCAGGCAGUACUUUGGGUAUGGUGGUGGCUUCGAGGAGGACUUGAAGGAAAAAGAGGAUAGGGCGGCGCGGGAGCUGAAAGACACAUUGGCAAUCGUGCUGGGUAUCACGGUUGACUAG